AUGGCGUCGCCACAAGAACAAGAUAUACGAACAUAUUUCCACGACGUUGUGGACAACGCCAAACACGACUGGGAGGACUUAGCCUACAGACUGGACAUCCCAACGCCGGACAUCCGAGCCACGGACAGGACGAGACGAGGUGACCCCACCCAGUGUUGUAGGGACAUCCUGAACCUGUGGGUGGGGAUGCACGGACGGGGGGCGACACUGGAUAUCCUGAAGGACGCACUGGUGGGGUGCAAACACCAGGAUGUGGUGGAUAUUAUAGAAGGCAAAACUACAAGUACACAUUUGACAGGGGGGAAGCGACCACAGAAAGAUGGUCUCCAUGCUUCAGAAACCACAGAUCUGAGAAGAGUAUUCCUACUGGUUAAGGAGAAACUUGGUGUCCGUUGGAAGGACGUGGCCCGUGCGCUAGACUUUGAGGAGGCAGAUAUAGACGUGUUCACCUACAAACACAGAGACCCCCGGAACGCCUGUAUGGACAUGUUGGAGGAGUGGCGACAGAGAGGGAGGGGGGCGACCUUAGAGGUGCUGAAGGAAGCGCUUGAAACAGCAGGCCGCAUGGACGUUGUGGAUACUAUCAUAGAACACGAAGAAGAGUUCAAGAUCAAGAGACCAAGGGGGUCUUUACCAGGUAGUAGGUCUACACAACUGCCACUUGCAAGGAACCCGGAACAGAAGAGAGUGUUCAUCAGUUACACAGUAGACCCAUACACUGAUCCUAACCGCACAUCGAGGCAACGUGACUCCCACAUCGCGCUACAGAGAGAGAGGGUUCGGGCUCUGUCGGACGCACUCCGUAACAGCGGAGUGGACUGUGUUAUCGACCAAUACGUAGAGCAAAGUCCACCAAACAUUUGGACCAGGUGGACAGAAGAUGAACUACACAUGGCCGACUACGUGUUGAUGAUCUGUACUUCAAACUAUCUACAAUGUGUAACUGGUAAAAAGGACGAAGAGGCCACGUCCGAGUACAAAGUCAGAUUUGAAGGCAAAGUGAUAUACGCCCAACUAGCAAAUCCAAAAGCUCACGAAAAGUUUCUUCCUGUUUUCUUCGAUGAAAUCAAUCGUGACGACGUUCCUACGGUUUUCCAAGCUGCUCAUUUUUAUGGACCAAUAGAGAAAAGUCCGAGAUACGGACAGGGUACGUUUGACCAACUGUUUUAUAAGAUUGUGGGGAGUGCCCCAAAGGAGAAACUGCCACCCCCUGUAGGGAAUAUUCCUCCAGGGCUGGUACCAGUACCAAGGCGUACAUAGAAGACCUUGCUGCUUGUCAGUCAACACAUUGUCUUGUUCUUGUACUACAGGCCAAAACACUGCUACUGCAAGAGAUAUGCUUGUUCUUGUAA